GUAUCAGUAGAUAAUGAUUAGGCUCAAUAAAACAGAGUUAAACUUUGACUUAAGCAGGAAGAACUUCAGGACUGAGACGCUCAGUCUUUUGAGGAGAGGAGCUCUGCUGACAGGUUGUGUUGCCCGGGACCAUGAGAGGUGCAUAUUUGCUACCCUUGACCCUUCUCGUCAGCAUUGCUUAUGGGAUUGGUCUGGAGGACAAAAAGGGGCCAUUACAAAAUCGAGUUUUAGAUGUGCCAGAGUCUACACCUGUGCCCUAUGCCAUUUACCAGUUUACAUCUGUAGAGAAAGCGGAGACAUUCCAUGUAAGCGGAGAGACCGAAGGAAAGAUCAGUAUCUCUUCAGACGGCUGGCUGUUCCUGGAGGAGCCUCUGAAAUGGAGCCCUGGGAAAAGCCACCAUCUUGAUAUUGAAGCACAAUCAGCAGAUGGUAAAACUGUUGAUGGGCCUUACUCGGUUGUCUUGCAAGUUGUGGAUGUCAACAACAAUGCCCCUGUCUUUAGUGAGAAUCAGUACAGUGCCAGUGUCAGAGAGCAUUCACCUGCAGGAGUUCCAUUCCUGCAGGUGUUUGCUACCGAUGCAGACGAUCCCGUUACAUUAAAUGCCCAACUGAGAUACAGCAUUGUGAGCCAAAUCCCCAAUCCUGAAAAUGUUCCUUACUUUGGCAUUAACCCAGAGAGUGGAGAGAUCUUUAUAACAGAGGAAGGAGCAGCGUCUCUGAGGGCCAGGCCCACCAUAUUGUACAGCCGCGGGGAGGACCGUGGCAGUGCUGAUGUCCUGAGAAGAAAGUUUGAGGACUAUUGUAUUCCAAGGAACAACGUGCCUCUGGAGAGCAACCCCUUUUACUCAUGCGUUGAACGUGCCGAAAGAAGAAACGUGAAUCUUCUUCAAGAUCCAGACUAUGCGUUGACUGUUCGUGUAGAGGAUAUGGGAGGUGACGCUCCAAACGCUUUGAAAAGCACAACACGGGUCAACAUAGUUAUCCUUCAAAACCUCUGGGUCAAGCCUAGACCAAUCAAACUGAGAGAAAAUUUGGAAGGGGAAUACCCUAUGUUUCUUGCCACAGUGCGUGCCAAUGAUCCCACCGCAUCGUACAGGCUGGUACAGAAAGAAAGAUUUGCCUUCCCCUUCACCAUCAAUCAAGAUGGAGAUAUCCAUGUCACCGCUCCUUUGGAUAGAGAACAGAAAGAUAUGUACAUAUUGGUGGUCCUGGCAGAAGAUGAACAGGGUGUUGAGCUGGAAAAACCGAUGGAGAUUCAUGUGGAAGUGGAGGAUGUGAACGAUAACCCUCCUGUGUGUGAUGAAGCUGUGUUUGAGGUGCAAGAGAAUGAGCCCAUAGGUAAUCAAAUUGGUGUUCUGCCUGCUCAUGAUAGUGAUAAGGAAGGCACACUGAACUCAUUAUUAGUCUACACACUCCUGAGCCAGGUGCCUUCCAAGCCAUAUGACAAAAUGUUCAGCAUCGAUCAAGGCAAUGGCGAAAUCAAAGUGGCAAUUGCAAACUUCCAAAGGAAAGAGGUGCCUCAAUAUGAGCUUACCUUCAGUGUGUCUGAUACAGUUCACACAACGGAAUGUAAAGCCAUCAUCAAGGUCAUCGACCUCAAUAAUGAGAUCCCUGUCUUCGAGAAACAAGAUUAUGGGACACACAGUGUUCCUGAACUGGCUGAAGUGGGAACCACUUUGCUCACCAUCAAAGCCACAGAUGCAGAUGACCCAGGAACAGGAAGCUCUAAAGUGGAGUAUCACAUCGUUGAUGGAGACCCACAUAACCUCCUCGCCAUUAAGGAUGAUGAAGCCACUGGAGAGGGCAGAGUCUACAUCGCUCGGCCACUGGAUUACGAGCUCCAGAAUGUCUUCAACCUUAAGAUUGAUGCACGUAAUCCCGAGCCCCUGAUCAAAGGAGUAGAAUAUGAUGAAAGAGCCACCACAAUUGUUGUCAUUCAGCUGGUGGAUGUGGAUGAGCCUCCAAAAUUUGAAGUGGAGAGUCUUCAUGUCAACGUUCCAGAAAACAUCACGAUUGGAACCGUAAUAAUGACAGCUGAAGCCAAGGAUCCGGAGGGAAAGACUAUCAAGUUUAAGAUGGAAGGUGAUGAACAUAAUUGGCUGGAGCUGGACGCAGGCUCUGGAGAACUGAAGACUAAAGCUGCUCUGGACAGAGAGACGGUGGAGAAGAUCUCUCUCACAAUUAUCGCAUAUGAGACAGAGGGAGACAAGCAGGAGGCUGAGAUGAAGGUGGAUAUUCAUCUGCUGGAUGUGAACGACAACUACCCCAAACUGGAGAAGACACGUGGCUUCAUCUGCAUUCAGGAUAUGACCCCCUUAACACUCACUGCUGUCGAUAAGGACAGCGACCCCUACGGAGAGCCUUUCACCUUCUCCCUGAACCGCAAGUCACAAAACUUUGAGGUCAAACCUCUGAAUGGAAACUCAGCGCAGCUGAUUUUAAAGAAGAAGCCCUCAACUGAUCUAAACGCCACUGUUCCCAUCAACAUCUUAGACAAGGCUGGGAUGGGUAUCACUCAAAAGUUUGACGUGCGCAUAUGUAACUGCACUAAAUUGGGCUACUGUUACAUCGAGCCAGCAGCUCACAGCUGGAAGCUGGGCAUGAGCAGCACCAUCGGCAUCCUGGCAGGAAUAUUCGGCUUUAUCACUCUGCUCAUGAUCGUUGUUACCUAUCGAAUCAAGAAGAAAGAUCAGAAGAAGAGAGCAGCAUCUUCUGCAGAGGCUAAAGCAAUGCUCUAGAGUUGGAAUAACAUGCAAACAUUAUUCGGUACACAACCCAGGCAAACCGACAUCCAUGACCCUCAACACACACCUUUAUUUUGUAAAGUGGUUGUGCUGCUUCUUUUAAUUUUUAAAACACUUUUUAAUAUCACUAAAUAUUCAUGUUCAGGAUUUGCAUCGUCUGACAGUUUUAACAGUAACUUAUUUACCUUGUGGCCUGGCAGAUAUAUAUUAUUAUAUUUUUCCAGUUUAUAAAUAUAACUGUUGUCCCCCUAGUGUUUAAAGGAGUUUAAACGUCUUUAUGGUAUAUUUUUAGUACAAAAGGUACUUUGAGACAUGAGUAUACAGUGUGUUGUCAUUUCAUAUGGAUUAAAGCUAUAAAAAUGUAAGUCUUCUAUUUAUUCCCCAUUGUCCAAGAAUCAACUAAAAUGUGUAAAAAUGUUUCCAUGUGAUAUUUUUUGUUUUUGACUUUUCUCCUAGAGAAUAUCUUGUGCAGGUCAAAGGUCGGGUUCUUUGAAAUGUCCUUUAAUUCUGCAGUGCAACUCCAUUAUUGAAGUAGGCAUAAAAAUCACAGAAUGUGUAGAAAACUGAAAUUGUUCAUUCUGUAAAUAAAGUUCAACUUUGACCCAGA